AUUUAGUGCCGUGGCUUGUCUUUUGGACUCAGGCUUGCAGUGAGGGCAGGCAGUUAAUUAGGAGCACGUUAAGUGUACGCUUGCACGCGCUAUCUAGCAAUGAAAGCCCUCAUUAAAGACGGCGUGGUGUACUCACCGCACCCUAGCGUAGCGAUACCCUUGUGCUCCGCGUACACGGUCAUCAAGGAUGUUCUUGCAAAAUACCCGGAUGGACUGGCAUUGGUCGACGGUGUUGAGCGGCUGACACGGCGGGAGCUCUUCUUGCGAAUUCAACGCUACGCCGCAGGCUUCCAGCAGCAUGGCGUCUCAGCGGGUGACCGUGUUUGUGUUCACUUGAGCAACAGUCUGGACAACGUGGCUGCCAUGUACGGCUGCAUAUUUGCCGGCGCCUGCUUGGUUCUUGCCAAGACAUCACUGACCGAAGGGGAGCUACGUUACCAGAUGGAAGACAGCGACAGCACGCACGUUCUAUCAGAUGUCCAGUUCGCAAACAAAGUGAAGAAGGCAGCAGCGUCUCUAGCUCUCAAGGGCAUGUUCACGAUGGGCGAAGCUGAGGGGUUCGUGUCAGCGGCACCCUUGAAAGACACGGACGCAGGCACCUUCCAGGAAUGUCCUGUUGGAGACCCUAAGAACACCGUGCUGGGUAUCAUGUACACGUCCGGAACGACAGGACUCCCGAAAGGAGUGGAGUUUACGCACUACGGCUUCGUGGCCAACCACUGCAUAACCAAGCCGUGUGCCACGCAUGACGAGACUGACGUCGCCUUACUCCCUGCGCCCAUCACUCAUGGAUCCGGCUUCUUGUGGUCCAUGAUGACGGUGCUGGACGGAGCGGUCUGCGUACUCACGUCCCCAAGACUCACACUGCCAGAGUUGGCCGACAUCGUCAACAAGAACAAGGUGACCGCCGCCUUUUUCUUCUCCUCUUUCCUGCACAUGUUGUGCGAAGGGAUGCUUCGCACCGGUCUGCAGCUCCCCACCAUCCGACGAUUGGGCGUAGGAGGUGGAAACCUGACCCAGACCACGUACGACUCGGCCUUCAAGGCAUUUGGCAAUCUCCAGUGCCUAGUAAACAUGUACGGCAUGACCGAGAGUGGCGGCCUUGUCUUGUCGCCAACUAAGAGCCACGCCAAGGGCAUAGACCUCGGAUAUCCCGCCUGCAUGACCGAGGUCAAAGUAGUGGACCUCCUGUCCCGUAAGAAGCUCGGUCCCAACGAGACGGGAGAAAUAUGCUUCCGCAUUCCCACUGUUAUGCGUAGCUACUACAAACGGCCCAAAGAGACCGCCGAGUUCUUCGAAGGCGACGGGUGGUGCAAGUCCGGGGACGCCGGAUACUAUGACGAAAACGGCCGCUUUUACUUCGUGCAGCGGAUUAAGGAGAUGAUCAAGUGCAUGGAUAAUCAGGUCGUACCCGCUGAGCUUGAGGGACUGCUCCUGCAUAAGCAUUCUGAAGACAUCGUCGAAGUGACGGUGGUUGGACUCGAACACGAGGAAUAUGGAGAGGCGCCCGCGGCCGCCGUCGUGGCUAAGAAACCGGGUGACGAAGAUGGACUCCGGCUGCUUGCUGAAAGAAUCAAGAAAACGAUCGCAGAAAACCUCGCCGUGCACAAGCACCUUUACGGUGGCGUGUUCUUCUUCGAGUCGCUACCGAAAACUGAGACGUCCAAGGUGAACCGUUCUGCGCUCGCCAAGCUCUGUGCUACAACAACGCCACUGUGAAGAGCAAUAUUGACGUUUCCAGCAGACGGAUCACCUCACUGAAACACUUGACCUGAUAGCGAAAAAUGAUGCCUGGAAAAUCAUCAUGUAUUGUUUGAACUCGGCAUGAUUAAACCUAGGAAUAA